GUUCUGUAGGCCCAUUCUAUCAGGUUUGUUCUAUCCACAGUUUAGCUUACCUCUUGCUAAGAAGGGCAUACUUAAUCAUACUUGUAAGAAUUAUUUCACAGCUAAAUUUACUUGGGGACCCACAAACUGACAGCAGGGCAACGGCGAGGUGGUUGCCUGGUCUCACCAGCCAGUCUCUUUAACCGUGACUCUGUCCUUCACCAGUAGAAGAACUCCUCAACGCGAAUGGACAGUGACAACGAUGCACGAAUAGGGUACGGUAGACGUGCAUCAUCAUCCAGUAGAGAAUCUUCACCUGCUGCUAAGCGGCAGAAACGGUCGUUCACUCCCAACUCCGACGAUGAAACCCUCGUAGUCCCUGCACCGAUCGAAGAUGAAGAUAAUGCGGAUACCCCUUCCCGAGAUGGCACACCAGCGCCAUUGAUUCGCCAAGCAGUUGGUUUCUCAUGGCAGCCGUCCGUAAUUCCCACCGCAACUGUCAACACGUACCAGGCUGUCUUGCCCUCAAAUACGAACGCAAUCCAAUUUCUCCCAGGACAGGCACCACUUAAGAAAAAGAAAAAGAGAGCCAAACCGGAGUACUCCGCUCAGACAGGCCGGUUCAGGCUCUCCCGGGCCACCGAGCCCACAUCAGCACCCACACCAGAACCCUUAACACAGCCCGCACUAUAUGCUGGCGGGGGUCCUUACUCUUCGAUGUAUCGGAUGAGUAGCGCUGCAUCGCCUAGUGCUAGUGUCACAAUGUCUAAUGCUUCAGUCGCUGAUGCUGCCUCUCCAGCUGCGGAAGCUCAUUCCCCAGCUGCAUCUUCUACAAUAGCAUCCACCACACGUCCAAGGCACAGCCGCGCCCCAGGCCAAUUUGGCGGACCGGCCACAAAUACCAAGAAUAAGCGGAGCAAGAGAUCAACUGGACAGCAUACUGAACGGGACACCGGUACUUUAACUCAGCCGUCAGCUCCAAGUCGCCAACCUCAACCUCCUUCCACUAUGUAUUACCCACCACACCCAGGAGUGCAAUCGCAUUACCGCCGUGAUUAUGAGAGAAAUCUACGUUCACGCUCGCCCUCCACAAGUGCGGUAUCUUUUCAAGAACCUGCGAGACCGACUUCUUCGGCACACGAACGAUCUACGGCACCUUCAGCCUCUGGGGCACCAAUGCGACCUCUUCGGAUGUUGACCCUCCUCAUCGAGGACGUUAGAAGUGGAGUUCCUGAUCACCAACUUGCAGAGAUCAAAGUGGUUCUUCGGCCAGGCGAAGAAUCAGACGGUGGUUUUUGGGCAAAUGCCAAAGAAGUCUGCGAGACUUUGCAGGCUGGACCGUCGCGGAUAGACGGUCCUGCGAGGGUAUACACGCUUCGCGGAAAAUAUCGCCAGUUUUUCAUGCGUGUAGACGCUGACAACGUCCUCGAAGCAGAAUCGUGCAAUCUUGGCGUGAGCAAAGAGCGCACGCUUGAAGUCGUAGUCGAGGCUCCUGUCCCAAAAGGCCGUUUGCCUCCCCCUCCCCGAGUUCCUCGUGAACUACAACCAACGUCCAGCUCUGACUCCGAUACGGCUCUAUCACUCUCUCGACAGCAAAGCUCCAGGCAAGCAAUGCAUUCGGUAGUCACACGCGAUACGCGUAUCGAUCUAUUGUCACAAAGUGAUUACCGUCCCCAAAAGAAAAAACGUCCCUCCCAAAGCCAUUCGUCGCCUCAAAAUAAAGCGUCACGAAGCUCAGUCCAGAUGACUCCUUCUCCUAGCCACACACCACGCCGAGCGAAACGGUCAAGACAUGGAGACCAGGGAAACUCCUCUUCAUCCGAUGAAGAAGAAGUACGAGAAAUAUCGCCCCCCAUCCCUGGGCGUCAUGCGGAGACAGCAGAUGAGAGGGACGAUGCAAUUGCUAAUUUCAUUCGAUCGGACAUAGAGAGCGACAAGGAAUGGCCUCGAUGCAUGUCAAUCAUCUCUCAUGGAGGCCCGAAGCGUGUUUCUGACAUGCUGUGGUCCUAUAAUUACGUUGAAAACACAGUCAAGCAACACGAAGACAGAAAAACGCCGUCACACUGGGAUGGUGCGCCAAACUCCAGGGUUGAGAGGCGACAUGUUUGGCGUGCUCUGAAUCUUACUCCUGAGUGGGGAUAUGAAUGUCGAACUGUUGUCAGUCUUGUUAGCCAUUACGGGAAGUACGGGCGGAGGUAUCAGGACCCGCAUGUCAUCAACGAGAUUGAGAGUACGGCUGCUCCUACAGAGAAGACUUGGAAACAGUUCGUCAAGCUGCUAUACUCCAUUGAUGCACAGUAUCUGUCCGGUCGAUUGAUAAAUAUGUGAACGCUUCAGCUCUUGUAUGUAGUACCGUGGCACUACGUCACCUCUUCAUCAUGGCAUCGGUGAUGCUCUCGCUCAUUAACCUCUCAACAUUCCCUCGUAUACUCGUAUUAGCUAUAAUUAUCCUCACCUAAUGCAGAUAUAUGUUUCUUGGAUACUACCCUGUAGGACGUUCUAAACAACACUGUCCAUCAAAAUGCAUACAGCUAUAAUAUGUCUACUUAGUGUCCUGACGUCCAUCAUGGUGUGAACGGCAGCCACGUCUUUCCCCUGCGCAAUGAUAUCGCGAUCUGACGCGAUUCUCUUGUAUUCUCCGCCCUGCUGCUCCGCUAGUAAAAAUGCGACGGAGAGCUGGGUGCGGACU